GGAAUAGAAUAAAAGUACUAUUAAUGUGUGAAGACCAAUGCAUGAUUGAAGGAAUUUUCUUUUUGAGCCAUCUUUUGCAUUUAUCUAGAAAGAUGUUAAUGGUGUAAUGGAUCUUUGCUUUAAUUAUAUAUUCUUUGCUUUGCUUUCUUUUUUUGAACCAUUGUUUAAAGAAUAAAGAUGCUUCUUCUUUUUUCAAGUCAGUUUACUACUUCCUCUCUGAUUCAAUUCUGACAUAACCAAGUUUUCAUUGAAUCUUUCAAAACCUACUCUUUACUUACUUUUCUACUUUAAGGUAGGAACAAAACUUGAUCAAAUUUUCAUUGAUCCUUCUACUCAAUGGAAAAUAUAACUUUGUUUAGUUUGGUUUUGUUCUUCUUCAUGUGGACUUCAGUAACUGGUUUGCUUUCUUCUAAAGGUGUCAACUAUGAAGUUCAAGCUUUAAUAGGAAUUAAGAAUUCUCUGGUAGAUCCUCAUUCUGCUUUAAAUAAUUGGGAUGCUGAGUCUGUUGAUCCUUGCAACUGGGCUAUGAUCACUUGUUCUUCUGAUCGUUUCGUCGUUGCUCUUGGAAUUCCAAGCCAGAAUAUAUCAGGUACACUCUCAUCAAGCAUAGGUUCCUUACCAAACCUUCAAACUGUGCUGUUGCAGGAUAAUAAUAUCACAGGACCAAUUCCAUCUGAGAUUGGAAAGCUUCAAAAACUUCAAACACUUGAUCUUUCUGACAAUUUCUUCACUGGUCAGCUUCCAGAUACUCUUUCUCAUAUGAGGGGUCUCCAUUAUUUGCGGCUAAACAAUAACAGUCUUUCUGGACCAAUUCCUUCCUCAGUGGCUAACAUGUCACAGCUUGCCUUUCUGGAUCUCUCUUUUAAUAACUUGAGUGGACCUGUACCAAGAUUAAAUGCUAAAACAUUCAAUAUUGUAGGCAAUCCCCAGAUAUGUGCCACUGGAGGAAUUGAGCAAAACUGUUUUAGAACAACAUUAAUUCCUUCUGCUAUGAAUAAUAACUCUCAAGAUUUACAAUCCUCUAAUCGACCAAAAAGUCACAAAGCUGCCUUAGCUUUUGCUUCAAGCCUAAGCUGCAUCUGCUUACUAAUUCUGGGAUUUGGCUUUCUUCUCUGGUGGAGACAAAGAUAUAACAAGCAAAUAUUCUUUGACACGAAUGAACAAUACCGCGAAGAGAUUUGCCUUGGAAACCUGAAGAAGUUUCAUUUCAGAGAACUUCAAGUUUCUACAAAUAACUUCAGCAGCAAAAACUUAGUUGGAAAAGGUGGUUUUGGGAAUGUUUACAAAGGUUGUCUUCGAGAUGGUACAGUUAUAGCCGUAAAAAGGCUUAAAGAUGGUAAUGCAGUUGGUGGUGAGAUCCAAUUCCAAACUGAACUAGAGAUGAUCAGUUUAGCUGUUCAUAGGAAUCUUCUUCGCCUCUACGGAUUUUGCAUGACAGCUACGGAGAGGCUCUUAGUAUAUCCUUAUAUGUCGAAUGGUAGUGUCGCUUCUCGUCUCAAAGGCAAGCCAGCUUUAGACUGGGCAACAAGGAAGAGAAUAGCAUUAGGAGCAGGAAGAGGGUUACUAUAUUUACAUGAACAGUGUGAUCCAAAGAUAAUUCACAGAGAUGUUAAAGCAGCAAAUAUAUUGCUAGAUGAUUAUUGUGAGGCUGUAGUAGGAGACUUUGGAUUAGCAAAACUAUUGGACCACAGAGACUCACAUGUGACAACAGCAGUGAGAGGAACUGUAGGACACAUAGCCCCUGAAUACCUAUCAACAGGACAAUCCUCAGAGAAAACAGAUGUAUUUGGAUUUGGAAUUCUUCUGCUUGAAUUGAUUUCUGGACAAAGAGCUCUUGAAUUUGGGAAAGCUGCUAACCAGAAAGGAGCUAUGCUUGAUUGGGUAAAGAAAAUACAUCAAGAGAAAAAAAUUGAUGUGUUAGUAGACAAGGACUUGAAAAACAAGUAUGAUAGGAUAGAGUUAGAUGAAAUAGUUCAAGUGGCUCUUUUAUGUACUCAGUACCUUCCAAGUCACAGGCCAAAAAUGUCAGAAGUAGUUAGAAUGCUUGAAGGAGAUGGACUUGCAGAGAAAUGGGAAGCGUCACAAAGAGCUGAAUCAACACGAAGUAGAGGAAAUGAACUCUCGUCUUCAGAACGUUAUUCUGAUCUUACUGAUGACUCUUCUUUGCUUGCACAAGCAAUGGAACUUUCAGGACCAAGAUAACAUAUAAUGUCUUGUAUUGUCUAUGUAUGUGUUACAUUCAAAAUUAUGCUAGUUUUUUUUUACUGUACAGAAUCUGAUUGGAGACACUGACGUAUAGAUGUUUGUUUGGUAAUGUGUUUUGAUCAACUAUGGAGGGAUGGUUUCACUCAAGGUCCUUCGGAUUGUUGGAAUAAUGUUUAUAAAUAGUUUGUACUAAAAACUAUUGAUCUUAUUUUCAGAUUUGUUUCA